GGACAGCGUCAUUUCUUGGUGACAUGGCCUUUAGAUUAUGCCUGAAUCCAAGGGCUGGGACGAAAUUCAGUUGAUGCCAAUCACCCCGUGAAGCAAACACGUGCGGAACAUUCUGGCGUCAGAGGUACAAACACGGCCCGGAAAGCUUAUGCGACGGAUCAUAUCUCUCCCUCUACCGUGCCGGACUUAUCCGCAUCGUACAUUUUAAGGACAUCGUCCCACCAAGUUUGUAUGUCGAUCAUGGAAAGAGGUGGGCUAUGAGAAGGAUUUGGGAAGCCAACCAACCGCGACGCGGAUGGAAGCGCUCGGUUACCUCCGUCAGCAAAUCAAAAAAUUUGUGCGCCUUGCAGGGCCCUUCGCUGUCCGUCACAAACAAUGGAUGGCGAAGGUUGUCUGAACGUGCCUCUGCCUCUGCUCGUUCCCAUGUGAUCGACCUUCUAGCGCUAUUCCACGCUUUAUUCCACGCGAGUCUCUGCGUCUUCCCGAUUCCCACCGACCUGGAUCCAGGAGAGAUGUCCGAUCCGACUCCACUGUUUUUUGAACUCAAUCUUCAAUCUUUGUGCCGUGGUUGCUCUACACGCGGAUGUCGCGUAGAUACACGUUCGAAUUCAAGGUGCUUCGUUAUUGAACCUGAUAUUAUCUCUCCAAACUUGUAACACUGAUUGCCCCGAUCAAUAUAUCUCCUCUUUCCACCUCUUCUGCAAGAGGCACAUCUUUCCUGCCUUUCCUGCCGGUUACCACAUCUAACCGACGUGCCCACGCU